UGCUCUAAAGAAAUGGCUGAAGUAUCUGUCAACCCUGAAAAUGAAUCUCCGUCGGAAAGUUCUGAAGAUGAGCAAACGCUAGAUUUGUCCUGUGGAUCAUCUAGUUUUGACGAAAGUGUUACUGGCGAAGUCUAUGACACCAAUUCCAUCGCUCCAUUCCGAUUUGAGCCAUACGAAAGUGGGUCAAAUGAAUCAGACUCUGCUGACUCGGAUGAUCAAGAAAAUAUAAACAGCCGCUUACAAAACACUGAUUGGUGCACUUGUGGGAAUUGCAUACCAAUGCCAACUGCAACGGAAUCACUAUGUUGUCACGAAGUUGAGAAAAUACACUACCUAUUUGCAGACUUAAAUUCAGAGGUCCAUUGUAUAACCGCCCAUCCUGGUUUUCAACCAGCAUGUUUAAAUACAUAUGUUCUACAGAUAGCAUACUAUCAGUACAAACAACAGUACAGGGAAGACAUUGAAGACUCUUCUGAGAAGUACAGAUACACAGCAUAUCGCCAACUGGCUAGAUGGGCUUGGGGAUAUCUUGGAAGGAAAAUAAGGGUUCCACUACCAUCAUGCGCAGUGAAUCUUAUACGGAACACGUUUCCAAGUGAAUCCGGACAUUACACAGGAUUUAAACUGGCUAAUUAA